AUGGUACGCAGUUCUGACGGAACUGGUUCCGGAAGUCAUACCAGCCAAGGGCCUCAGAGUAACCACACAGUUGUGACAAAUCCGCCGAAUUACAUUGGCGAUACUGCUGAGAGUCUAGCCGGACCCACAUACCUGGUCGAUGUUCAUCUUGACAGGGUUGUUCCAGCACCAGAGAAGGCCAAGUAUCUUGCUCUCGAGUACUCGUGGGCCUCACGACAAUCCGCACGAAACCGCACGACACCAGUCAGGAGUCUCUUUGAUAAGGAGGGACUUUCGAUGCCAGCUGACGAGCUGCCUUUACCAUUUGAACGGGCGGCAGCUUUGACCAGGGACAUGGGUUACCGCUAUCUGUGGGUGGACUACAAAUGCGAGACAACAAUGGCCGCGCAGAUACGCGAUGCUGUGUAUGAACGCGCCGCAUUCAUACUCGUCAUCGUCAGUAUGGACUCUUCCUCUGAUCAAAUUUGGCACUUUACGUGUGACCAUCGGAACUUGCGCACCGUUCUUUCGUGGUUCCAGACCAGCAUACCUAGCCUUCCGUUCUUGCACGUACAGAAUCUGGGCCAUGGAGCAUGCGGCAUUGUCGAUGAAGUCCAGCUUCGAACGUCUCCCGAAUCCUUUGCUCGCAAAGUAUGCAUCCGACAAAGGGACGAUUUACGGUCACCGGAUCUUCACGAAAUCGAGAUUCUCCAAAAGUUUGACCAUCCGAACAUUGCAAGGUUCGUUGCGGCAUAUUACCAGAAACGAGCUUUGAAUAUCUUGAUGUCAACAGUCGCGGAGUGCAAGUUGAAGGAGUACCUCAGCGAACCAACAGCAUAUGAUAAGCGAUCAUACAUGCCAGAAUGGUACUACUCUCUGGCCUCAGCGGUCGACUACAUGCAUAGCCUCUCAUGCCGACACAAAGACAUUAAGCCUGCCAAUGUCCUAAUUAGUGGGCGUAAGGUUCUCCUCUCGGACUUUGGAACCUCGUAUCAAUUCUCCAUGGAUAAUUCGACAUCGACCGGACCCGGCUUCAUGACACCGAGAUAUUGCGCACCGGAAGUGGCCCGCCUUGGGGCACGAGGCCGCAAGGCGGACAUAUUCUCGCUGGGUUGCGUUUUUGUCGAGCUGAUCACCGUCGAUGUGGGACUGUCCUUGAGCCGGUUGAGUAGAUUCCUAGGGUUUCACGAAAAGCCACGAAGCGUCACCUCGGUGUAUCACCAGCACAUUGAACGACUCCGCGAGUGGCUUAUAUUGCUUCGACUCCGUGCCUCCAUGGCGCAUCAGGCACUGGUUUUGCGCAUCACUGACAGGAUGAUUGAUGUCCAACCACAGCGCCGACCAUCCGCUGCGGAAGUGAGACGGAGCUUAGGGGCAGUGUUGCCACCUAGCUCCGUCGGGCUGGGCCAGUCUGGAUGCUUCAGUACAGGUCCGAUGGUAUUGCACAAAAGAUACAACGCUUUGGCUACGCUUGUCUAA